CACAGCUCCACCUAUCCUCAUUUUCCAACUGCUAGUACAAACGUUACCCACGUAUCCCUCCCGCCGCCGCCGGGUUCGGCAGUAGCAUAGCACCGGCAAUCGCCAAACCGCGCCACCGCCAUCAUUUCCGUUUCCCGGCGAAUCCUAACCGUCCACGAACCUCCCUCAACCCACCAUCCUCCAUCUCAGCCCUCCAAUUUCCUUCCUUUAUCCAACCACUUCCUCUCCCUAUUUAACCCCAAAAUUUAUCUUCGCGUCCAGUUUCUUCUUCCCUGUUCCUUUCUCCACACUCCAGAGGAAAACCAACCAACCCAUCCAUCCAUCCAUCCAUCUUCGCCAAUGGCUCGCUCCCUUUCGCUAUCCUCUUCCCGCACUUACCUCGCAGCGGCAGCAGCGACGGCAGCUUCCAGAUCUUCCUCCUCCUUCCGCUGCCUCGCCCUCCGCUCCAACUCCAACACCCCCAACAACAACGCCGAGCCCGCGGCCGCCGAUGAGUCCGCCGAUCCCCUCGUCGGAAGGCUCGAGGACGCCAUCCACCGCAUCAUCGUCCGCCGCGCCGCCCCCGAUUGGCUGCCUUUCCUCCCCGGGACUUCGUACUGGGUUCCUCCCGCUAGAUCUACCGCCGGAUCCUACGGGAUUGCCCAGCUCGUCGAGAGGCUUGCGAAUCCAUUGACGGAGGAGGAAUCGCUCUCCGGUUCCACCGUCCGCGGCUGGCCUUCCUCGGAUUAUUUCAUCAAAGGUGCCAGCUUCGGACAGCUGCCUGUAGAUACCAUGCCGGAUGAAGUAGAGAAGGAUUCAACUCCAGAGGAAGUUAAGACCGAGGAACCGUCGAGUCACGCCCCUAAAUCGGAGACGGAGGAAGGAUAAUUGAUAUGAUGGGUUCGUCGCAUCUCGGUGAGCUAGAUAUUCUUCAUUAGAUUCAUCUCUCUCUCUUAUGUAUAUCUCAUGGACACACAUUACAAGCACAGAGUCACAUACAGAUAGACACGCUAGAAUGGGAUGCCAUAUUGGUUUAGUUUGUGGUUUAGCUUAUUUGUGUAUCAUCAUAUUUGUGCUUGAGCUUGAGCUUCAGUGUUCAUCGGUUUAUAAAAUUGCAACUGCUUUUGUUACUACGAGGGGGCGGUAGAUUGUGUACAUAUUUGACCUACGAGCAUGAGAAAGUGAUUGUUCAAGAUGAAUCUAUUGUCCUUCUGAUGCACCAGCUUAUCAGCUUUCUUUUGAACAAUAUGGCAGUGAUCUUAACUGCAUAUUGCGCACACUGCUGUGUUUUGACAGAGGCUCGUCCGGAUUUGGAACUUCAGUGUAAAUCAAACAAUGGAAAGGAAGCGGGAAGAAGCUACCUUUUCUUUGAAAGGUAACGAUGGUGAUAAAGAACGAACAACCAAUUUGGAGGAGGAGCUGUACAGAUGCAAAAACCCUGGUGGAGGUUUUUAAUAAUUUGAUCUUCCAGUUGGUGGGCUGUGUGUAGUAGUUUUGGAAAGGAUUGCCCCGCAGUUUCACUGUAUGUAGCAAAAAGCUGAAGAAGAUCCGUCAUUCCAUAUUUAUGGUUAUUCCCCCGUUAUAUAAUGCUAAGACUGGAAACCUUCUCUGUAUCUUUGCAUGUACAUAUGUUUCUCUCUCAAACGUAUCAAUGCUUUCAUGGAACAACUUUGAGUAUAUGCAUCCACUCCCUGUCCAUACACGUCAUCAUCUUACAAAAAAAUAGCAAGUAUUUGUACGAAGU